GGAGUAGUGAAACCCAGUGCUAGUAGCGCCAGUUGUACAGACUAUGAUAAACAAACUUAAUCUUGAAGGAAGGAUAACAUCUUGCGAUAUUUCGUAGAGCAGUAACUUACGGUUGAAGUUAUUGACGUGUAUAUUAAAUCACAGGGUGUCGAUUAGUGCCAUAAUAUAAUAGUAAUAAUAACCUUAAGGGAAUAAUCAAAAUGGGUAGCACCGAUAAAGCCGUGAUCACGGGAUUUAUAUGCAGACUUUGUAGUAAGAUGAACCGUUUCGUGAUCCACAUAUACGGUGAAGAGGGUGAAAGAAUGAAGCUUGCUGAAAAAAUAAAUGCUUAUCUUCCAAUUACGGUAAACAUGAAUGACCUAUUACCAAAAACAGCAUGUCUACAUUGUAUUGAACGGCUAGAAGCUCAUCAUGAAUUAAUGGAACAAUUUAUGUUCGCUAAACAAAGGUUAACUACUGAGAAUAAGUCACCAUCAGUAGCAUCAUCAUCUGCACAAACUGUUGAUACUGCACCAACAUCUAGCCCACCCCCGUGUGUUGACAUAUAGAAUUGAAGACAAAUUUUCUCACACAAUAUUGUUAAACAUUUUUUGUAUUUUAUUUGGCUCAUUACUUUAGUAAUUUAUUGAUAGAAGAACCUAAUAUUAUUAAAGAAAACUCAAUUUAUUUGGUGAUCUAUAAAAUUAUCAGAUUAGUUUAUUCGUCUUGAAUCUUAUUGUUAGUAUUUCUUUUAAUUCUUUUUAUUAUAUAUUUGAGCCAAGUAUUAACAUGUAAUCUUGUAAUAUAUUUAGAUUUUUUCGCAUAUCAUAAUGAAUUGUUCGCAAACAAAUUUUUGCAAGGAAAAUUGAACAUCACAUUUAUUUUUUGCUUGACUGGUACUAUGUGAUCAUGAAAUUAAUCUUUACGAUGCUUCAGACAUACAUUUGAGCAUGCGCAAUAACAUUAUGAUAAUUGAACCUAUAUUUUAUUGUAUGUAUUCUAUAUUAUUUUCAUUAGAAAAUAUUUUCAGACAUUUUUUAAUGAUUCACAA